AUGAAGCCGGGGGAGGGGUUGGGAGUUGAUCUAAGGAAGCGGGUGGAAUUGGUUGUUCGAGAGAGUCAGAGGGAGGGAAUCGCUCAGAUAUGGGAGGAGAAUAUUGCAGGAUAUCGAGGAGUAAUGGGUCAGGGACGGAAGGGAUGGAUAGAUCUAACGGAACAUUAUCGUCGGGAGGAACAGAGGAUAUUAAAAAAGGAAAACAGCAUAGCAUUGAGAGGUUUAUUAGAUAGCACGUUAAAGCAUACCAGAGCGUUAGCUGCGUUAAAACGACCAAUAGCUUAUUGGGACGAUUUAUUGAUAUAUAUAUUAGCUAGCAAACUAGACUACUUUACGAUAAAGGAGUGGGAGAGUAGUCUAGACAGUAAGCAAGUACCAAAAUUUGAUGAGUUGAUAGAGUUCUUAACAAAGCGGUGUGAAACUUUAGAAGCCGUUGCUAGAAGGAGUCUAUCUAUGGAGUCAUCUAGUAAGCCUCGCCAAAUGGCCGGUAAAACGACAAACGCACAUGCAGCGGUAAUAAGCGUGAAAUGUGCACAUUGUAAGGGCGACCACCAAAUUUAUCAGUGUAAAACAUUCAAAGAGCUUCCAGUUACAGACCGUUUAAACAAGGUGAGAUCUCUAAAAUUAUGUCUUAAUUGUUUGAAGGGCAAGCAUUUUGCUAAGUGUUGUAACGCCGGCCACUGUAGAAGGUGUAUGAAAAAGCACAGCACUUUGUUACACGAUGAUCGCACUUCGUCAAAAGAGAAGAACGAGGACACAAAUAAGCCAAACUCUAGUUCCGAUAAGGAGGCAUGUAAGAAGGAAAAUACAAUAUGUACGUACACACAAUCAAAAAGGAUAUUUACUUCAGUACAGGUAUUAUUAUCUACGGCAGUAGUAUUAGUCAAAGACCGCGACGGGCAUUACAUAGAAGGUAAAGCAUUACUUGACAACGGGUCUCAAUCCAAUUUUAUUACUGAGGAGUUCAUUAAGAAAUUAAACGUAAGAACAAAGGAAAAUCAUAUAGAGAUAAAAGGUAUAAACCAACACGUAUCACAUGCUAUGAAAUCAGUACAAUUGCAUUUAAGUUCACGAUUUAAUACCUUCGGAAUGGAUAUGCAAUUCAUAGUAUUGGAAAAGAUUACACAAAAUUUACCUACAAUCGAAGUAAACGUAACAGAUUUAGAUAUACCAAAAAAUAUUAAAUUGGCAGAUCCAAGAUUCAACAUUCCAAGUAAGAUAGAUAUAUUAAUCGGUGCAGAAAGAUUUUGGGAACUAGUUUGCAUGGGUCAAAUAAAAUUAGGCAGAAACAAACCAAUAUUACAAAAAUCGUUACUAGGUUGGUUAGUGUCAGGUUGCAAUCUGAGUACAUUAGAAGAAUUAUGUCAAAAGAUUCAAAGGUUCUGGGAGAUAGAAAAUUACGCGAAUACGGAGAAUAGUACUUCAGAGGAAAGGUACUGCGAAAGGCUAUUUGAAACUAGUUACAUACGACGAGAUGAUGGUAGGUUUGUAGUCCAACUGCCAGUCAAAAAAGAGAUAUUGCCAUUGUUGAAUGGUUCGAGGGAGGUAGCCUUAAAGAGAUUUUUAGCGUUAGAACGAAAACUCAGUUACAACCCUGAAUUAAAAAGGGAAUACAUUGCGUUUAUGAAGGAAUACCAGCAGUUAGAGAAUAUGAAUCGGGUAGAGAUGAAUAGAGAUGAUAAUUUUCGAGUAUUUUUGCCACACCAAGCGACAAAUCAACGUGUAACAAAGAGGAAAGUGCUAUCGCAAACAUGCAAACUAUUUGAUCCGUUAGGAUUAGUAGGACCGGUAAUAACAUUAACAAAAAUUCUAAUGCAAAGCAUGUGGAGUUCAGGCGUAAAAUGGGACGAAUCAAUGCCCAUGCACAUUCAUAGGGAGUGGGAGCGAAUAAGAUCACAAUUACAUGUACUCAUGGACUGCAAAUUCCUAGGUUAA